AUGGGGAUACCACAUUUUCUAGCAAUACCAUACCCAAUCCUAGGACAUAUUAGUCCCCUUUUUCAAUUUUGUCAAGUUUUGGCCACAAAUGGAUACAAAAUCACUUUCUUGACCUCAGAUAACAACUUCAAUAGGGUGAAUAGGGCUGCAAGUGAAGGUAAAUUUGUAAAAUCACAAAUGAGGGUGGUGUCCCUACCAGAUGGGUUGGGCCCUGAAGAUGAUGGAAGUGAUCAGCCCAAGGUUAUAUUGUCCAUAAAAACCACAAUGGUGGCUAUGCUUCCAAAGUUUAUAGAAGAUGUGAAUGCUAUGGAUAGUGAUAACAAGAUUUCUUGUGUCAUUGUCACAAAGAACAUGGGUUGGGCCUUGCAAGUUGCUCUCGAUUUGGGCCUCAAAGGGGCUUUGUUCUGGCCUGCCUCAGCAACUUCCUUGGCCUCCUUUGAUUCCAUGCAGAGGCUCAUUGAUGAGGGAAUUAUAGAACCCAUGUUAUUAAUUAUCUCUUUUGAAAUUUCAUCAGGACUCCCAAGCAAAGAACAUGAGAAAAUUAAGUUGUGCUCAAACAUGCCUAUGAUAGAUGCAAGUGCCAUGCCAUGGUACUGUUUGGAUAACACUUUCUACUUCCAUCACAUGAAGCAAGAGAUUCAAACCCUAAAGCUAGCAAAAUGGUGGCUUUGCAACACAACCAUUGAUCUUGAGCCAGGACCCUUUUCCAUAUCACCAAAUCUCAUACCAAUAGGUCCAUUGAUUGCAACUAAUUACAACAAAAGUGAAGAAAAAACAUGCCAAGAAUGGCUGGAUCAGCAACCACCAAAAUCCGUUAUAUACAUUUCAUUUGGUAGCAUGGUAUCACCUAGUAAGGAACAAUUCAAGGAACUCGCUCUUGGACUUGAUUUUCUUAACAUGCCUUUUCUUUGGGUUAUUAACAAGAAUAAUAAUAAUAACCCAUUAUUAUACCCGGAAAAUUUUAAGGGAAACAAAGGUAAAAUUGUUGGUUGGGUGAUGCAAAAGAAGAAAGUUUUGAGUCACCCUUCGAUAGCUUGUUUUGUUAGUCAUUGUGGUUGGAAUUCGACUAUGGAAGGUGUGUGUUGCGGUGUCCCUUUUUUGUGUUGGCCUUUCUGUAGUGACCAAAUCAUUAAUAAGACAUAUAUUUGUGAUGUGUGGAAAGUUGGGAUUGAAUUUGAGAAGGAUGAAAAUGGAUUGGUAUCAAGGGAAGAGAUAAAGAAGAAGGUGGAAAUGUUAUUUGAAGAUGAAGGAAUUAAAGAGAGAUCGUUGAAACUCAAGGAAAUGAUGAUCAAGAACAAAGUUGAAGGUGAUAAGAAUCUCAAUGAGUUCAUCAAUUGGGUCAAGGAAUGA